CAUCUGAACAGUUGUAUUGCGCUUGACCACCUGUUGGAUUGCGACAUUUCCUUAUUUCCUCCUACAAACCAAAGUUUGUACAGUCGGCGUCGUGGAAAUGUCUUCGGAGAAACUUGUCAUGGACCAAGGUUCCGUCCCUUCCCUGGCUGGUGUGGGCCUGACAAGGCCGUACAAGAGGCAGGGCGGGCGGCGGACGGGACUGGUGCUCCUGGCGGGAGGCUGUCUGGGCGGGGUGCUGGUGUGCGCCGUCCUCAUGCCGCUGGUCUACGUCACCAUGUCAGACCUGCAGCUGGAAAUCACCGAGCUCAAGAAACUCGUGACCUUCCGCCCUACGCCGACCGCCUCACCUGACACAGAGGACGGACUGAACGACGCUGCUGAGGGCGGGGCAUACAGGGAGCGGAGACAGGCCGACCUGACGCCGUCCUUCGGGGACGUGUACGUGCGGUGGGGGAGGGAGAACUGCGGUGAAAACGCCGAUACUAUCUACGACGGUGUUGUGGGAAGUGGAUAUCAUCACCACCACGGGGGUGGAAGUGACUACCAGUGCCUGCCUCUGGAAGGAGUGGAGUGGCACAAUCCAGUGUCCGGUAAUCAGCACCAGAGCUACAUGUACGGGACUGAGUACCAGGUCGGUGCUGGGUACUUCUCCACAGACAACAUGGAGUCCAUCACCAACCCUGGUAACUACGACGUCCCCUGCUCGGUGUGUCUCGUGUCCGGUCGGUCUGCACACGUCAUGAUCCCCGCCCGCCUGUCCUGUCCUCAGGGGUGGAGUAAGGAGUACAGCGGCUACCUCAUGUCAGCAAAGCACAGCCACUACAACAACAAGAACUUCAUCUGUGUGGACGGAGCUCCCAACCUCGUACCAGGAUCGGCUGCUAACAAUGAUCAAGCCCUGCUGUACCUGGUGGAGGCGCAGUGUGGCUCUCUUCCCUGUUUCGUGCCUUCCCUGGCUGGUGUGGGCCUGACCAGGCCGUACAAGAGGCAGGGCGGGCGGCGGACGGGACUGGUGCUCCUGGCGGGAGGCUGUCUGGGCGGGGUGCUGGUGUGCGCCGUCCUCAUGCCGCUGGUCUACGUCACCAUGUCAGACCUGCAGCUGGAGGUGACCGAGCUCAAGAAACUCGUGACCUCCCGCCCUGCGCCGACCGCCUCACCUGCCACAGACGCUGCUGAGAGCGGGGCACACAGGGAGCGGAGACAGGCCGACCUGACGCCGACCUUCGGGGACGUGUACGUGCGGUGGGGGAGAGAGAAAUGCGGUGAAAACGCCGAAACCAUAUACGCCGGUGUUGUGGGAAGUGGACAUCAUAACCACUACGGGGGUGGGAGUGACCACCAGUGCCUGCCCCUGGAAGAUGUGGAGUGGAACAACCCAAGGGCUGGUUAUCAGCACAACAGCUACAUGUACGGGACUGAGUACCAUGUCAGUUCUGGAUACUUCUCCACAGACAACAUGGAGUCCAUCACCAACCCUUACAACUACGACGUCCCCUGCUCGGUGUGUCUCGUGUCCGGUCGGUCUGCACACGUCAUGAUCCCCGCCCGCCUGUCCUGUCCUCAGGGGUGGAGUAUGGAGUACAGCGGCUACCUGAUGUCGGCACACCACUCUCACCAAAACAACAUGAACUUCAUCUGUGUGGACGGAUCUCCCAACCUCGUACCAGGAUCGGCUGCUAACCUAGAUGGAGCCGUGCUGUACCUGGUAGAGGCGCAGUGUGGCUCUCUUCCCUGUGGGCCCUACAUCAACGGCUACGAGCUGACCUGUGUGGUCUGCACCAAGUGAAUCCGUAUUGGAUUUAACCGGCGACAGUGUGUUGUGUACACGUGUGUGUUUGUGCUUUUUCGUGUGAUGCAGCAGUGAACCCAAGGGUUAUAUAUCACGCAGUAACGUGACACUAACAAUAACUUUAUAAUAGGUACUUAGUAGUGUAUUGCAUAUCCCAGAUUUAAGAAAGCUUUGUGUAUACGCGUAUUCGUACACCAUUUACUUGUGUUCAAUGAUUCAGAAAUUAGCUUCACAAGUUGCAGUUACACUUAACGUUUGCGUUGAGUGAUGAUGGGAUAAACUACCGGUAGUUUUAAAUACCAAUCAAAUACCCUCCAUUCUUUAAUUUUAGCAUUUUAAGAACCCAACACACUUAUCAAGAAGAGAUAAUAAUUAAGUGACCCGGUGUGCUUCACCCCAAUGGAGGUUGAUUUUCAAGAGUUUCACCUCAAGUUUCCUUAUAUCUUCUUUUACAUAUUUGAGUAUUCGGAUAUACUAGUAUUUGAAUAGUCAGUAUUCAUACUGUUUUCAUGGGCUGACUUAAUAGGCUUGAGAUCAUUUCCUUUUGAACUGCUAUGGAAAAUUUCUGAAGGUGGUAAACGAACA